GCGCACUUUGACUUAAACCUACAGUUGACACGACUUUGACCAGCUUUCCAUCGAUAACGUGCUUAGCUAACUUCAAGUUUGAAUAAAUGGUGUAUUUUAUAAACUAACAGGGGGGACUCAAGACGCACGCUGAUAUUUUAACUCCCUGAUCUUACCCACAGGGGCGGCUGACAUUCAUCCCUCGCCUUCCCGCGGAUCCUGCAGCCUGCCCUGAUGACAGGCGAGCAGAACGGAGACCUCCUGGAAGAGGAGUCCCGGCAGGAAAAUGGAGUCCAGUCGAACCAUUACAGCGCCAUCUCUCCUCCUGCCUCCCCCGUGGCUCAAGAGGAACCGUUCUCCACCUACUUUGAGGCGAGGGUUCCCAUUCCAGAAAGUCCCAACCAGAUGUUCAGUUUCCGUAAACUAUGGGCCUUCACCGGACCGGGGUUUUUGAUGAGCAUCGCUUACUUGGAUCCUGGGAACAUUGAGUCGGACCUGCAGUCUGGUGCAAAAGCUGGUUUUAAGCUCCUAUGGGUGCUGCUUGUGUCCACCAUCAUUGGGCUGCUGCUGCAGAGGCUCGCUGCACGCCUCGGCGUCGUCACCGGGAUGCACCUGGCUGAAGUCUGCAACCGCCAGUAUCCCACCGUUCCACGGAUUUUACUCUGGUUAAUGGUCGAGCUGGCUAUCAUUGGUUCAGACAUGCAGGAGGUCAUCGGCUGUGCCAUAGCUUUCAACCUUCUGUCAGUGGGCAGGAUCCCACUGUGGGCAGGAGUUCUCAUCACCAUCACAGACACAUUUGUGUUCCUCUUUUUAGACAAAUACGGCUUGAGGAAACUUGAAGCUUUCUUUGGAUUUCUGAUUACUGUAAUGGCCAUAAGUUUUGGUUAUGAGUACGUUCUGGUGAAACCGGAUCAGGGAGAGCUUCUUAAAGGGAUGUUUUUGCCGUACUGUGCUGACUGUGGGCCCGUGCAGCUGGAGCAGGCCGUGGGAAUCGUUGGUGCUGUCAUCAUGCCCCACAACAUCUACCUGCACUCAGCGCUUGUAAAGUCCAGAGAAGUGGAUCGGAAAAAUAAGAAGGAAGUAAAAGAAGCCAAUAAAUACUUCUUCAUCGAAUCAUCCAUCGCCCUCUUCGUGUCCUUCCUCAUCAACGUCUUUGUCGUCGCAGUCUUUGCUCAGGCCUUUUACAAUAAAACUAACAUGGAUGUGAACCAUGAGUGCAACGCGACCGGCAUCAACCGCACCGACCUCUUCCCUCUCAACAACGGCACUCUGGAGGUGGACAUCUACAAAGGGGGAGUGGUGUUGGGCUGUUUCUUCGGACCUGCAGCUCUCUAUAUCUGGGCUGUCGGGAUUCUGGCAGCCGGUCAGAGCUCCACCAUGACAGGCACUUACUCUGGACAGUUUGUGAUGGAGGGGUUUCUGAACCUGAAGUGGUCUCGUUUCGCUCGGGUGCUGCUGACCCGCUCCAUUGCUAUCACGCCGACGCUCCUAGUCGCCAUUUUUCAGGACGUUAACCAUCUGACGGGGAUGAACGACUUCCUCAAUGUGCUUCAAAGUUUGCAGCUUCCGUUUGCUUUGAUCCCGAUCCUGACGUUCACCAGUCUGACUUCCAUCAUGAAUGACUUUGCUAACGGGCUGGCGUGGAAGAUUGCAGGAGGCAUCGUCAUCCUGGUGGUUUGUGCAAUCAACAUGUACUUUGUGAUUGUUUAUGUGACUGCGCUGAACAGCGUCCUGCUCUACGUUAUCGCUGCUCUCAUCUCCGUGGCAUACCUGGUCUUCGUGAUCUACCUGGCUUGGCACUGCCUGGUUGCCCUGGGGGUUUCCUGCCUGGACUGUGGCAGCAGGAUGGUCGGGGGACUGUCCCGCCACACAGACCUGUACCUCCUGAGUGACAUGGAGACGGAUCCGCAGGCUGAGAGAUAAUGGGACGCCGGGUGCAGUCCAGUGCUGCACUCUGACUGACUGUAGACACUCGAUUUGACUGGAGGGAACCCCAUGAAGCUUGGCCAGUAUAAUUUUCUCUUCAACCCUCAGUGUCUCACAUCAGCUGAAGUGUCCUUACAGCGCACCAAGAGACAUUUAAACAUGUCCAGCAUCUCAGACGCGUCGUCUUUCCUGGACAGCAUCCUGUGAAUUAAAUGGGUGCUAAAGGGAGACCUGAGAAGCUGGAUAAUGCCAAGGACAGUUGGCGUUGGCGACCGCACACUGCAGCACAUGUUCAAUCGUUUCCUUUCGUGAACCAACCAGAUAAUGAAACCUCAAUAGCAAAUGAUCAGAGUAACAGAUUCAGAGAAACUGUAGUGCUUGAAUGCUGGUGUCAAUCAUUCACUCUUUAUCGGCCAUUUUUUUCCUCAUCUAACAUUUUUAUUCAUCAGGGAAAACAUACAUUAGUUUAUAUAAUUAUCUACAUAUUUAUAAAUAUGUUAUUCCUGUAUUAUCAGAUCAUUCUGUAUGCUACAGUAUGUUUGUUGUUUUCAGGGACCAAGCUGCCUCCCAUUAUGCUACAAAAGCCUGGGGUUAAUUAUUUAUUCAGAUAUUUAACUCAAAGUCAUUGUAAAAAGUGAGGAGGGCGUUUAAUAUGAGUAAAAAAGUCAUCUGGUCUUUAAGCACUUAUUUUAGACAAUUUUUUUUUUCUCCAAAUAAUUUUAAAGACAUUUGUGGGCGACUGGUGGAUUUAGUACCAUACAAGUAUGCUAAAUAAAACCCAGAAAUCAUUUAUAAUUAACAAGUAUAAAAAAAAUGUAAAUUUCGCCAUGGUUGAAUUAAAUUCUAUUUUUAUUUCAUAUGAAGAACCAGAUGAUUUUUUAAAAUUUGAACCUGAAUGACCAGACAUAAAGUUAUUUGUACAAUUACAAAGUUCAUAGUUAAAAUAUCUAAGGUGAAUGUAAAAGAUAAAAGGUUUAAUAUAUGUGAAAUAUUGGUCACACUUCUCCCUCUGUUGUUCUUUUAUAAUAUGUAAGAAAAUAUCAUUUCUUUUUAGUUGAAUAUUUAAGGAAACCAUUUGCUCCAAGAGUACAAAGUUGAUGUUAUCUUAUGUUUGGCAAAAAACUUUAAUUUGAAAGAAUGUUAAUUAUUAUUAUAUAAGCUGCAGUGGUUUUUCUGUUUGAAACCGUGUCACCGCUUUCCGUUACUUUUUGUGUCUUAUUGUAACCAUCACAACGCAACUGUUGACAAAAACUGGACGAUAUUUAUAGGAGAACGUGAAGUUAUGGAGCAACGCUUUUGUUCUUUUGUCUCCGAAUGUCCAGUCUGUGAUUUUUCAGAAAUACUAGACUGUGAUGCUGCUGUUCAUUCUUUGUUUUUAAAGUGCCAAACUAAACUUUAGCCAUGCAUCACUUGUGACAAGUUGGAGGAGAUAAUGCUGAGAUCAAAUGUGCUUCUUCAGGUAUUUCAUUAGACUUUUAAUAAUAAUCAUGAUAAUAAUAUGCAAUAAAUCACUUAAACUGUUAGCAAACACAACCAAAGUGACAAUUCACUACGCGUUCCCGGUCUUCGCAUGUUCCGUUAAAGAAACUUAUUUCAUGAAUCUGCAACAGCGUUGUACUCUGAUGGAUAAAUUCUUUACCCACGUUUCUGCUUCCAUCCUUUUACCUGAGGUCAAUUCAGUUCUAUUUAAAAAAUGUGUAUUUCUGUUUCUAGCUGUGCAUUUUUUUCUGUUUCAAAUGUUUCAAUUAUUCUAGACGUCUUGAAAAGAUACACCAGCUUGUUUUGAUUUCCCCAACUUUGUGCAGUCUGUUACCGAAAAAAAUUACUUCGAAACAAAUGUGUGUUGGGAAAACUGGCAGCUGAAGUGAACUGUUGUGAUAUUUAUGUGGCGAUACAUACAUCCUACAGAGUAUUUGUAACUUAAAGUUGUUGUAUGAUUAUUAUUAUUAUUUAAUUUAAAAGAUGGACUAAAGUGCAUUCAGAGAAAUUAAUAGAAAUCAGAAGUAACAGAUUUAGGCUGGUGACCUUUCAAAAUAAAAGCAGCCAGACGGGAAGAAGAGCAGAAGAGAAAAAUACUAAAUUAUUAACAGCUGUACCAUAACCCAUGGUAACUGAAUGUGGACAACUGAUUUGCAUCAUUAAAUCCAAAUCCUUCCCCUGACCAAAUAUCAGACUAAACUUGUACUGUAUGUUUUUAUUCCACAGUGCCUCAGACUAUGUUCACCAGCGUGCCUCAGCUAACAAAUGUUUGGCACCACUUUUAUUUUUAAAUUUAUUUUACUUUUUUUUUUAAAAAAGCAUCUGAGUACAUGAGAAAAAAAUGAAAGAUAUAUUUGAAAACCUACAUAAGCUUUAUAAGAUGAGUCUUUGAUAAUGUUCUGAAACAGCAUUUGGAUUAUACUGUGUUACAUGUAGAUCUCCACGUUUUAAAGACGUUCCGACGUCGUGCUAAUUUCGCCACACAUCUGAUCUAUAGACAGAAAGCUACUGAGAUGGUAUUUUGUAUUUCUGAACUUACGAAACUGUACAGUAGGGUCCACCAUUGAAAACAUGUGUAAAGGUGGUUUUCUCCCAUCUGUAUUUUAAUGUUUUAAUAUUGUUUUUUUUUCUUGCCAAACCAAAAGAGUUGAGCAUUCUUGAAAAGCUGUUUCUUAAAAAAUAAAUAUAUCCACAAUUUUA